UUCUUCAUUUCCAGAUUUCUUUCCUUCUACAACUCCCCGAACCCUCUCUUCUGAAGAAAUCGUUCUGGAUAUCAGAAAUUUUCCAAAAAUCAAACAAAAAAUCGGUUUGGAUAGACAUGGACGGUUCAUCUUCCGGAAAAAGGGUUUCUUCAUCGAGGUCUCAUGAACCUUCCGCAGCUCCUAAACCAUCACUUUCUGGAGCUGGGGAAACAAAUGAGAAUGUCUUGACCCAGGACCAAAUGAAUUCCAAGUUGCAUAACCACAAGAAACCACUGAAUAGGCAUUUCAGGUCACCCCCCAUGUCUGAAGCUUCUAAGACUGCUGUAAGGGGAAAGAAUAUUUUGGGUGAAAGGAAUGGAGCUGACUCAAACUCAGGCAGAUCUUCUUUGGGAAUUUCAUCUCAAAGUUGUGCCUCCGGGUCGAAUGAUGAUGAGCAAAACAGUAGCUUUGUUGCUGAUUCGUCCUCGAAUCAGUAUGAUCCUUUAACAAAUUACCUCUCCCCCCGGCCUAAGUACUUGCGCUACAAACCUAACAGGCGUCGGGAGAUCCUUCUGCAUCUUGAAAAUAGGGAUGGAGAAGGAAAUGAUGGACUUGGUGUUGAAAGAAUCAUUUCUGUUGAAACCAAGGAAUUUGUUGGAGAUGAAGGAUCAAUGGGGCAUGCCAAGGAAUCUUCCCCUCUGACUCCCCGAGAAGUUAAUGUGCAACCAGAAAACGAUGAAAUUCUCAAGAAAGGGGAUGGCGGUGAUGACUCCUGUCUUCCUUCGCAGGAAGGUAAUGCAGAGCCAGAAAAUGAUAAAAUUCCUGAGAAUGAGGAUGCUGAUGAUGACAACGAUGAAGCAGUAGACAGCGAGGAGGAGGAUGAAGAUGAUGUGGAGGAGGAGGAGGAAUACUUUGAGGACAAUGGUCGGAAUUUCAAUUGGUUGUUGAAACUUCUGCUUUUAAUGGUGAUUGUGUUCCUAUCUCCCUUGUUUGCAUCUUUGAUGGACUAUCCUUUAUCUUCACCAACUGAACUUGGAGUUGUUCCCUUAGAUGUGAAUAGAAGUAUAAGUGAUUCUCACAACAAAAUUGAGGCUUCGACAAGUAGUUUUUGGGAAUUGGAUCAAGGAGACGAGGUAGAAUUUGUUGAGGAUGAAGAGAUCUUUUCUGGAACUAGCAUUGAGCUAGUUGAGGUGGCUGGGACUGCGAAUGGGCUCAGUGAAGGUUCUGAUCAAGAACUAGAAAAAGAACACACAGAAACUGAUAUGGUAGAUGACAAAGAAGCAGAAGCUUUUGAUCACCUGGCUAUAUUAGAACCUAUCGAAAACAAACUUGAAGCUGUCAGUACAGUGGAAAAUGAAGAUUUUGGCUUGCUGAAGAAGCACAAAGCCUUUGAUAAGACUGAUGAUUCCCGUGAAGAUCACGAAAAUCUGGAAAUCUCUGAAAGCCUUGCUAUUCCUAAUGCACCAUCAGAAGAUGAGAAUUUUGCUACUGUAAUCCAAGAAUUCGAUCAAAUGAAUGACGAGAAUGAGGUUUUACUGGUAGAGCCAACUUCAAAGGCAAGCCUUGGAGAAACAGUUCCAGAGACACAAAUGGAGAGAGAUGAAGAUACAGAUGACAAGAUUAGUGUUCCAGGGUGUAUGGCUGCUGCUUAUAGUGAGGAAUCUGAUUCCAGUAAUUCUGAUGGUGCAGAGAAGUCCAUAUAUUUAAAGCUCCAACAGAUUGGACCCACUCCAGCAGCUCUUGCCAUUGCUUCCAUACUUUCCCUGAUUUUGGCAUAUGCUAUCUCCAUUUAUUCUACAAGGAAAGCAAGAAGUUCUCGUAAACACUCAAAUCCCGUCGUUGAACCACCACAGCAGUCUAACAGAGCGGAGAUACUCACAGCUGUGAUUCCAAAUGUCGAAAUAGCACAUGUUGAGGAUGAUGAUGUUGAUGGGAAAAGAGAAUCUAUUGCAAAGGUUUCAUCAUCGUCGUUCUAUCCUAUUGAAGAAACACCGAAGGACCACCACCCGAGAUGCACCCCCAAGUUGUUCCCCCAACUUGAAAUCUCCUCUAGACUCGAAAUGGCCGCUCAUGACACCACACAACUUCACAACGUUUAUUCUACAGAAGCCUCAUAUUUUUCUCGCUCGGUGAGAGAUUCAUCAGUAGAGUUUAGCCACACCAAAUCGCUCGGGGUUGAGCUUCUCGGAGAACUUGUUAUAGGAGAAGUGAGCAGCUCCCUAAGAACUCAUGCCAGGAAAACCAGGCUGCCUGAAACAGAAGAGAGUAGUAGCAAUUCCUUCUCUCAGGUCAGUGGCUCAAGACUUCCUCCAUUGCAGCCAUCUUCUGCUUUCUGGGACUCUCAAACCUCUGAAUCCUCAUAUGGAAAGAAGCUAGUCAAGAAAGAGGGAGGCAAAGAUGGAGAGGCCAAGAAGAUAAUCACAACUCCAGUAAGGCGAUCAAGCAGAAUUCGAAGCCGGGGCACAGUCAUGUCUCCAUGAAAUCUCAAAUCAAUCUUAGUGAAUUGUAUUUGUUUCUUUAGGGAAACAGCAAUCUGUUGUUUCAUAAGCUAGCUUUCUUCUUCAUUCUUCUUAGAAAACUUGUUCACCUGACCUAAUGUAAUGGAUGAUAAUUCUCUAAUCUUUAGUUUAAUUUGCCCACUUCUCUUCUGUUCA